UAGAAACGUCUACCACGCAGCGCCUGCGUCAGCGCGGACAUUCUCUUCCCGGGAUACGCAAGAAGAUUCGGAGUAGACCCCACAAGCUAGAGGCGUUUGCGGGCUCGUUCCUUUCCUUGUUUUUUGUCUUUUCCCCCCACGGAAAAAAAGAAGCUCACUUCUCAUCGAAACAUGCAUCCAGCAACAGCCAAGUGGUACGAUAGGAGGGACUCUGUUUUUAUAGAGUUCUGUGUAGCAGACAGCAAAGAUGUCAAAAUCAAUUUUGAUAAAGCAAAGUUUGGUUUCAGUUGUUUUGGAGGAACCGACAAUGUCAAGCAUGAGAAUGAAAUGGAUCUUUUCGAGGCCAUUGACGUUAAUGAGUCCAAACAUAACCGGACAGAUCGCUCGGUGUUGGUCUAUUUAAGAAAAGCACAGCCAGGGAAGCCGUGGCCGAGGCUAACAAAAGAGAAGGCCAAGCUGAGUUGGCUCAGUGUUGACUUCAACAACUGGAAAGACUGGGAGGAUGACUCCGAUGAAGAGAUGGGGAACUUCGAUCAAUUCUCAAAUAUCAUGAACAACAUGGGCGGAGAGGAUGACCUGGCAGAUCUAGACGGUCCGGAAGAAGAGUCUGCAGAUAGCGAUGACGAGAAAAUGCCAGACUUGGAAUAGAAGACUGUAAGAAGAAAAAUGGAAGAACAGACGACAAGAGGAAUCAUAACAGAUGUAUAUCUUGAAACUGAAGGCAGUGACACAGCUGUACAUACGAGUCGGUAGCCAUAUUUAAAUCCAUAGCCUCAGCUCCAAACUCUUGACCGAUCAGUACUCUGACGGUUGAUAUGCAUGGUAUUGUACAGAGCAGCUAUCUCCACUUCCAUUUGCUGUACUGCACCUUUUUGGCCAUCUUGUUUUACUGCUAAAUAUUACAAGUAAGCACACAUUAUUUGUUGGAAAAGCUGUGUCGUUGUCCGAAACUGAGCAAUAUGUGAUAACCGAUUUACAAAUUGUUUCUGAAUUAAUUGUGGUUUAAAAAAAAAGAAUAGGUCCACCCAUUCCCAAUGUUGUGGUUUUUAAGUUGACCAGUGUAGUUUUUCUUGAUUUAAAAAAAAAGCUAGCUAUGUACACCAUAUGAAUUUGAUGGAUUUAUUUGAUUGGGUUCCUCUAAAGCCUUCCACUUACCGUAAAUUAGAUAUCCAGGGAUCCAGUCUUUGUUUCUGUGGCUUAACCUUUCAGCUUACAUGUUUCCCUUUACUUCUUGUUUAAUGUUUUGAAAAAUUAGAAUAUUCUGAAAUCAUUGCAGCAUUUUCCCAGUUUGUCACCUCCUUUGGUAAUCUGAAUAGAUUCCACAUAUUUAGUAUCUUAACAGUUCCUCUUUCCAUACACACACACGUUAGACUGCAGAAGCAUGGUGAAAUGUUUUGCAACUGAUGUGGAGGCUCGACGUUUAAUUGGGCCUCGGCAUCAUGUGGUGUUUUUCUCCAGGUUCUUUCAGUUUGUUCAUGAUGAUCCUCCCUUCUGGGCGACGGCGUGUCGGACCGAUACAGUGACGUGUAAUGACCAAAUUAUAUUUGCUCUGUCAUUAAAAGUGUAAGGGGAGACAAAUAGUGUUUAAGUACAGUGGAAAUUCUUUUUUUAUUGUCUACAUCUUUCUAAUAAAUUGUUUAAGAAUCAA